AUGGACUGCCAUUUUUCUGUCUGGGGAGUUCUGGCCUUUCUGAGUUUGGCUCUGAUUGUUUCGUUGAUAUUGAACAUUUCACACUACAUGGAAAAGAAGCAAGAAACUAAAAGGUAUAAAGACUAUGAAGACAACAGUCCAAGCUAUGAUGACUUCUGCACAGAAGAUGACCCAGUUUAUGGCAAUCUCAAUCAAGAUAUUUUAGAGGAAUGUUGUUACGAGCAGAUGAAGUCCCAGCCUCAAAGGCCAGCUAACCAACUACAGGUGGAGUCUGCCAAUCAGAUGUGUUAUGCCUCACUUGACCACAGUGUCAAGGGCAAACGCAGAAAACCAAGAAGAAAGAAAGACCCUCCAUUAGAGGAGGAUGAAGAGGAAAGAUCGUCUAACCCCACCAAGAUGGCUUCCAAAGUUAGCAUUUACCUCAAUAGCGAGCAGCUGGCUGCUGAAGAAGCUGUUCACGAUGAUCCUAUCAGAUUAAUGGGUUUGAUUCAUACUACAAAAGAAGAGAACAUCUGA